AAAAUGGCUUUGCGCAGUUUAGCUUGUUGCAUGGUGUUAGGUUUGGUUAUGGUCGUUGCACUUGCCCCUUCUGCCGUAGAAGGAUCGAGCCGGCGGCUUAUCGAUCAGAAAAACGGGGCUGUGGCUGCGGCUGCACAGGGUGGCGGUGUAUGCGAGUCCCUGGUGACUGUGCAUGGCUACAAAUGCCAAGAGAUAUUUGUGACUACCGCCGAUGGUUACAUACUGAACGUGCAGAGAAUUCCGGCAGGUCGUAAUGGUGGUGGUGGCGCCGGGAAACCGCCGGUGAUAAUUCAGCAUGGUGUUCUUGUGGAUGCCGCCACUUGGCUGUUGAACUCUCCGGACAAAAACCUGCCGUUGAUUCUGGCUGAUGAUGGAUAUGAUGUGUGGAUGGCUAACACCAGAGGGACCAGAUUUAGCCGGCGACAUACCACCAUGGACGCAAGGGAUCCGAAAUUUUGGGAUUGGUCUUUUGAUGAACUGGUGGCGGAUGAUCUACCCGCUGUUUUCAACUACGUGCAUGGCAAAACAAAGCAGAAGAUUAACUACAUCGGUCAUUCCCUGGGGACUUUAUUAGCAUUGGCUUCGCUUUCUGAAGGAAAACUGGUGGAUCAGCUGAAAUCUGUAGCUUUGCUAAGUCCUGUUGCUUACCUGAAUUUCAUGAGUACACCACUCGGUGCAGUCGGAGCCAGAAUCUUUGCCGGCGAGAUCACCAGACUACUUGGUUUUGCAGAGUUCGAUCCAAAAUCGGGUCCUGUAUCUGAUAUGAUAGAUGAUCUAUGUGCCAGUGCAGGAGUUCACUGUUACAACUUAUUGGCAGUACUUACUGGCCCAAAUUGUUGUCUCAAUAGUUCCACUGUUGAUCUAUUCUUGGCUUAUGAGCCUCAAUCAACAUCAACCAAGACCUUGAUGCACCUGUCUCAAAUUGUACGAAGUGGCGUUGUGGCAAAAUACGACUACGGAAGAUUGGACAAGAAUUUUUUGCAUUAUCGAUCAUUUUCCCCUCCGCAUUACGACCUUUCUAAGAUUCCGAGGAACAUGCCCAUGUUCAUCAGCUUCGGCGGCCAUGAUGCGCUCUCCGAUGAACUCGACGUUAUGAGUCUACUUGAUCAUCUGAAGUUUCACGACAAAGGGAAGCUAGUGGUUAAUUUCAUCCACGAGUAUGCACAUGCCGACUUUGUCAUGGGGGUCAAUGCCAAGGAUCUUGUGUAUAACAAAGUGAUUUCUUUCUUCAAGCAGCAACAAUAAUACUGAUAACUACCUAGUUGAUUCACUGAGAUUAGACUGGUUAAACAAGAGUUUAGUGUGCACUCGAGUGCGAUUAGAACUAAAAUGUACUAGGCUACUAGCUCCUCAGCUGUAAUCUAGCUAGCUGUAAGCCACAAUGUACAUAAUCGCUCCGUGAGCAAUUUGUGAUAUU